UUUCCUGGGAAGUAAAGUAUGCUCCGCGGUGCUUAGGAUUGGCUCUGCCACGAGGGAAAACGAGAAGGUGCGACAUUUUCUCUGCUACGUGGAGAUUCGCAGUUUCUUCCCCUCAAAGGUGUUCGCCUCCCGACCCACCGCCCACCACGGCCCUCACCUGUGUGUUGCGGUGCUUCCCUUGUGAGCCGACCUGGGCUGGCAGUCCCUUCUUGCACCGCCCGCCAACCCCGCCCAUGGUCAGAAUGACGCGCUCCAAGACCUUCCAGGCUUACCUGCCGAGCUGCCACCGAACCUACAGCUGCAUCCACUGCCGAGCUCACCUGGCCAACCAUGACGAGCUCAUCUCCAAGUCAUUCCAGGGCAGCCAGGGCAGAGCCUACCUGUUCAACUCUGUGGUGAACGUCGGGUGUGGCCCUGCAGAGGAGAGAGUUUUGCUCACAGGCCUGCAUGCUGUAGCAGAUAUCUACUGUGAGAACUGCAAGACGACCCUGGGCUGGAAAUAUGAACAUGCCUUUGAGAGCAGUCAGAAGUAUAAAGAGGGCAAGUUCAUCAUUGAACUGGCCCAUAUGAUCAAGGACAACGGCUGGGACUGAUGGACAAGCACCCGGGACAGGACCGCCACAGUGUAGAAGAGGAGGGGGAGGGACCACGGGGUGGCGGGAUGGAUGGACAAAUGAAAGGAGGAGGGGCAGCGGGGUGGGACGCCUGUGGUGGGUGAGUGUGUGACCAUUAACCCUUGUAACUCUCCCUCCCUACCAUGCCUCUUGAUGUAGACACACACACAAACACAUGCAUACAUCAAGAGCGCAGACAUCCCAGCUUGACAGAGAGAAUGGACGAGGCAGGCUCGUAAUGCAGCUGGCAGGGCUCGGUGACUGGCCGUGGCCGGCAGUAGUAGACGUUUUUUUCUGAAACUUUGAUUUGAUAUCUCCUAAAAAUGUGUUAACACUCCUCCUGUACCUGCUAGGAAACAUCAGUCAUGUUAGAACGAUUAGUUCACAGGCAACUCAACUCUUAAUUUCACUCAGAAAGAAAGCAGGCGCUACAGCCACAUUCAGUCUGUCCGUAUCAUGAAUGAGAUGAUGUUAAAUCCAGCUGAUUAGAGCCAGCUGGGCUGGUGAUGACGCUGGGCACGGAGGCCCGAGCAUAUGGGCGUUGGAUUUUGGGGGAGCUCACUCAGCUGCACCUGCUGGGAAAAGAGAAGAUUCUGAUCCCGUUUUUUUAGCGGCUUUAAUGGCCUGUGGCUGGGAUCCAUCGAGUGACCUGGGAGUGAUGCAGCUUAGGAUGAGCCAACAGUAAACAGUAAACAAACAGACAACAGUGUGUGCAAAACUCGCAGCAGAGCAGAGCAGCUCCUGGAGUUUUAUUCAGCGUCCGAUACACAGUCAUGUGAAGUGAUCUGAUCGCCUGGUGUCGGCAGACACGUCGCUCCGUCCACCUCCAUUUCUCAGCCAGAUAGAAUAAAAAAAAAAAACGACACACGAGUGUCUCCGGUGAGCGACUUUGACUGUGUUUCCCAAAGGUUUGUGAGCAUCUCUCUGCUGAUGCAGCUCGAUGAGCAGAUGUGACACAGCUGUGAUCGGUCUGACACAAACACACUUUCAUCAUGUAAACUGCAGGCCUCUAUGUAGCCUGAGUUUAACUAAAGGCGGAAAUAGCCAGUGCAUGUCUGGGACUCAAGGGAAAUGCAAAUGAUAGUCAUUUAAAUUUAGCUCUAUUGUUCUUGAAGUUAUGAUGACAGAUGUGUGUAAUCCAGAUGUAUGAAAAGGUAAUAUAUCUAUUUCUCUUAGGCUCUCUUUCAGUCUGGGAUGACUGUUUAACUGCUGUUACACUGACCUUCACUAACUUUCCCUCAUAAAACAAAACAAUCAUUCUGGAAUUAUUGGAACACAUUAUCCUCUUGGACUAUGUUUUCCCACCUGAGCUUACUCAUGCAUUAUGAGAAAACAUUACUGGAAGCAUUGUUCAGGUACCUUGAUGCUAAACUUUCUUCUCCAAUGCCAGGAUCAUAGUAAAUGUGCUGGAUGUGCAAGUUCUCCCCCCGAUGGAAAUGCAUUCUUUUCAGAGAAGAGAACCCAUUUCUGCUGCUUCCAUCUCUUGGGAAUGCAACGAUCCAGUGCGUGCAUGAUCUAGAAUUCUAACCAGUUCUGUUUCCGGUCCUCUUCACUGAAAAACUUGUGCUGUAAUACAACAUCAGUAAUCAGUCGCAUCACAGUCCGUUUGAGCUGUGAGAUCCCUCUGCAAUAGCACGCACUGUUUGUUUUAUUACAUACAAAUGAGUUCCCCUGUCACAUAUAGUUUCCUGUUGUUUUGUACAUUGUUCUUGUGUUUACUCAAAUCUCAGCAGCUGACUCACGCUCAAUCCCAGGUUUGACAUUAAACCCAGCACAACCAAAGAACCCACCCACAUCAACAAUAAGUUGACCAAACAGAAAAAUAUAAUUAUUUUUAUUUUUUGCUUGGGCAAAAUGUUGCAAAACGAGGGUGUGUGUGCGUGUGUGUGCGUGUGCGUGUGCGUGUGUGUGUAUAGCUGAAAGCCAAGGUUGCGGAUAACCUUUCUCUGUGAUAUACUGAAAUAAUGCAUUAUGACUUUGUAAACAAAAAGAUCUUAAUAUAUGAAUAUAUUCUAUUUACUGUAUUCACCGUGAGGAUUACCAUUAAUGUCGGCCUCUGUGUUACAGAUUGUAAAUAGUUUUAAUGUAUUGUGUUUUCUCGAUGAUCCACAGGAUGAUGAAUGAAUAUGAUGUAGGUCAUGUCAUGCUUUCUCUCCCGUAUCACACAUUGGCUGUUCGAUACGACUUUUGUACUGAAAAUAUUUCAAUUUUAAUGUCAAUUUUGUAAAGGAGGAUGCUGAUGUCGACCACAAUAUCAUUGGAUCUUCAUCUAAUAAAAAGAGCACCUUGAUAUCUGUA